UCGGAACAUUUUAGCUAGUUAACCGAUAAAGUAAAUAGGUUACACAUUUAUUUUAACCAUCUAAAGUCUAACGUUGCCUACACUGUUCGCACGAAACAACGUAUUUUGAUUGGUCGACUGGGCGCCAACGUCGGGAUUCUAUCCACAAACUGAAACGCGAGUCUUGCCCUCGCAGCUUCGUUGAUUAAAAUCGUGGCGUUCCCUCGUAGCGUGAAUGGGGUGUAUAUGCCGACCGCCGGGCCAAUCGCUUUCGAGGGAAAAUGUGAGCGCAAGGAAUUCCCCACGCAGUGAAAACAGUGUAACCUUAUGUUAGGCAGGCAGGAGUACGCGACAGAGCUCGCGUUUCUGGAGUUUCGGGAACGAUGAGCUUUCGGUAGUUUUCCCCGUUUGCCAAAGCGAAUGAAGUCAUUGAUGACAUCUUAAAGUGAAUCGAAAAGGAGGACCGAGAUGGUGACAGAUCGCUCAGUAUUGGUUUCAUUGAGAUGAUCGCACUGUAUCCAUCUCCGUUUACCCCGUGUUAAACUUUAAACGGCUGAAGUCACCAUCUGCACCACUGUUAUGGCACGUUAAACAGAAAGGUUUAGAUGCCCCAGACGCAGCUGGAGCAGGACUGUUUCCCAGAGCAACAAGAACCCGUAUCUCCACUGCUCUAUUGAGUCCACAGCCACACUCUCCAUCUCUUCAGCUGGAUUAAAGUCAGGAGCGUGCAGGACCAAGAGUUUUUGCCGAGGUUUUGCCAUCAGAGUGUUUCCUGUGUCGAGGGGUGUGGUGCGGAGCGAGGCGGUCCGGGGAGUGUACUAAGGGAUAGGAACCCUCUUCCUGGCAGCCUGUGUCCUACCCUCUUUCUCCUUUCAACACCAUGACCACUGCGGUCCAGUCUAGCGAGCUUGUCUUUGAGUUCGCCAGCAAUGGGAUGGAUGAAAUCAAUCAGCUGGAUGACCCUUCAGUGUUUCCAGCCGUGAUCGUGGAGCAGGUGCCCGCCGCUGACCUCAUGCAGGUGUACUCUGGAUUGGAGGCAGAUGAGGUGACGAAUGGCAUCAUGGUGGACACCAUUCAGGAUGUGGUAGAGGAAAACAUCAUGGGAGAUGUGGGGCUGUCUGUAGAGACCCCAGUCUCAGGCGGGGAGGACAAUAUGGAAACCAUUGUGGCAGCUGAGGCCCUGCUGAACAUGGAAUCUCCUAAUAACAUCCUGGAUGAGAAGCGCAUGAUUCACGCAUAUGGGAAUAUACUGGAAUCAGACCUGACCUACAUUUCCCUGCGCCCGGAGCAUCUUUCAAAUGGCAUGGAUGUUACUAUGGAUGAGGAGACGUCAUCGAUGGAUGAAGUCCCUCAGAGGAACUCAAAGCCUGCCAGAAAGAAAGUGCGCAAACCAAGAUCAGUGCGGCCCUGCUCCCCCAUCACCAAUCCAUCUUUCCCACUGAAGAAAAAAAGCAAAGAGGGCAAAGGUAACACUAUCUACCUGUGGGAGUUCCUUCUGGCCUUACUGCAAGACAAAAACACCUGUCCCAAAUACAUCAAGUGGACGCAAAGAGAGAAAGGCAUUUUUAAGCUGGUCGACUCUAAGGCGGUGUCCAAGCUGUGGGGAAAGCACAAAAACAAGCCUGAUAUGAACUAUGAGACCAUGGGCAGAGCGCUGAGGUACUAUUACCAGAGGGGCAUACUGGCCAAGGUUGAAGGACAAAGGCUUGUUUACCAGUUUAAGGAGAUGCCCCAAGACUUGGUCAUUAUUGAUGAGGAAGAUAGCCAAGGGGGCGACCCCAGUCCCGGGUACGCAGGGCACCGCUCCGCUCCUCACGGACGGGGGAUGGGGCGUGGGACAUCGCGCGCACAGGGGAAAAACUCAGGAAACACGCAGGCCAAAUCGGUGAAAAGAGAAAUAAGCCCUAAUUUGACCAGCAACAGAAGACAAGCAGAACAGCUGCUGCAGACGGUUCACGUUCUUCAGCCGAAUCAGGGAGCUGCAGUCCCUGCGCCUACACACUCCAUAAGGACUAUUAAUAUGCCCGGCUCUGUUCCCAUGGUCCUCACGUCAGGAUCUCAAGGAGGAGGCCCAGUCACUCUGCAGACCCUACCCCUGUCCUCCGUUCUGAGCACUGGAGAUUCUUCCACCCACGCCUCCCCGCCUCGGGUCAUACUUCACACUGUGCCUUCCUCCAGCCCUGGGGGUAAAGAUGUGCUCACCAUCCAGACUGCCUCUCUCACUACAGACAGCAUUCAGCACCAGCAGCUCCUUGUGUCCACGCUGAGCUCAUCCAGCGGUGGAGUCAUCAGCACCAUGCCACAGCAAACCAGCUGUUUUAAUGGCAUCACCCGCCUGGUCACCCUCAAUGGCAACGGCCAGCCUGUAGUGGCUCAGCAGCCCGGCACAGUCAUCGCUACCGUCCUGAAGCAGAGUGAGCUACAAGGCCUGCAACUGAAAGAGGAGAUGCUAGACCCGCAGUACCUCCAGUGUCUGGUCAACAGCCACCCCAACUUGAUCCCGUACUGCAAAGAGGAGUUCGAGGAGGGAGCAGCGGAGCUGAGCUACAGGACUGUGAUCAUCAACAAUGCCGGUCAGGAGCUGAGCCAGACCCACAAUGGACACUCGGAUGUGGGGCUGAUGGGUCUCACCCCUGUGGAUGAGCUGGAAGUGAGGGGAGAAGUCGCCCUGCACCCAGAGCGUGAGGCUAAAGAGUUCUCUCAAGGUCUGCAGGAACUGCCAGUUACCAUGCAGAUGCCCACUUCCCACUUCAUCCAGGUAAAAACAGAGCCGGCUGAGACCUAAAGCAUCAGCGGUGGAACAUGGACACAAUCGGCCAACAUGUUGGAUUUUUUUUCAGCGGAGCAGAUGAUCUGUAAUUUAUUGCUCUUGAUUGUUAGAAUCGCCGCUGACCUGAAGACUGUCGUUUACUCAAUGUUGUUGUGAAAUUGUACUUUUGAUAUUGAACGUUAAGGGAUACCGACCGUGAUGUCAUAAAAGCUCUUUUUGGACUGCUCUCUGUCACCCCCUUUGAACCCCAACAAGAGAGCAGCCAUUCUCCAACCAGGGAAAUUCCCACCGUAUGUGCCAGUCGAGAUGUUUUUGUCUCUGCUUAUCUCCACAGACAAAUCCAAAGAUUUAAUCCAGCCGAGGGACCAAAGGAGUUGGUGGUUAGCCAAAAUAAAACCAACAACAUACCGUUGACUUCAGGAUAAACACAGUUUUAUGGGAUUCACAAGAUGGAGAUGCCUUUGUUUCUCUUUCAUGUAGCGAUGUCAUUGGACUUCAAACCCCAGAAGUAUGCCUUUUGGAAGAGGACAGAGAGAGUGCCUCAUGGGAAGGCUGCAGGUGGUUAAUGCUUUGUUUUUGGAAGUGAUGGAUUGAAGGGAGGAUUAUAUGAUACACUGUUUUUCAAACAGAAUUAGGACAUUAUCUCAUUCCCUUUCCAAUAAUACCAUCACGCUCAAAUUCAAAGCAAUGCUUUUUUUUACGGAAGUGGGCAUUGUCUGUCCAAAGAGACAGUUCAAGUAGACUUUGUGUGUGUGUGUAUAUAAUAACAGACUAGAGAAUAUAGUGACAAAUUCCAAAAUCAUCUGCUAAAGUAUUUCCCCGAUUAUAAUCUUGUUCAUACGAAAUGGAACGCAGUAUAUAUACAUAUAUAAAUAUAAUAUACAAUCGAGAUUCAAUUUAUGGCCACAAAUUUAUUUAUUUUCUGAAUUUUUAAAUUCUGUAUAAAAGUCUUUUUAAACGAAUGCAAAAAUGAGGGAAAUUAUGCAGUGUGUAGGGCUAAUUUUACCCAUAACAUAAAACUAGUAUGUUUGUUUAUCGCAAGCUGUAUUUUUCAAUUCAGAGCAUUCCAUAUAAUCUGCACACCUUUCAUAUUUUAUCUAUUUUUCAAUAUACGGGGAUACGAAAGUAGCUUCAUGAGAUUAAGCUUUAUGCUGUUCUUGUUCACUGUGACAUGUUUAAAGCAAUUUUUACAGAGCGUAUGUGCUAUAAAUGCCUUUGGUUUCUGCCUUUCGAGCUGUCAUACUUUUACCCUUUUUUACAUUAUUGAUGCUUUUCUUUACACACCUGUUUUUCAGGACAAAGUUUGACACAGAUUUUGUCUCAUACGCAGCUGGUGUUGUCUGUGACAUUUAGAUAGAUCUUGUUAGACUUGUUAAAUGUAUUUAUUUGUAGUCUUCUGUGUUUGGCCUCCACUCCUUCCUCGCCUCAUUUAUAUUCAAUGAAUCUAGAGCACACUCUCUUAAUAGCUACAUUUCCACUAGCAGACCGUGUGGCCGUUGCCACCUUGUUCAUCACAAACUAAAUUUGAGCUAAAUUGACUGAAGUCAGGUGUAAAUGUGGACGUCCUGACACCCAGAAGCUGAUGGUGGGCAGCAGGCCUCUGCCACUAAUUCUGUUCGUCUGGAACCAGAGCGCAGCGAAAUAUUGACAGUGCUGCACUGACAAUCAUGGCUACAACUUGUAUUAAGCAAUACUACGUCAACAGGACAAUCCGUGAUUUUUUUCGUAUGAGAAAACUGUUCCGCUGCACUGCACUAUGGCCAGCAUGUGACCCGUUUUGUGUAAAAUUUUGUCGACCACAGCUUUUGACGUUUUUAAGGGUAAACGUAUGCCAGUGCUUUUCCUAUCAUUUUACCUUGGCUUUUCUUGGAGCUUUUCUUUUGUUUUAAAUGUUCUUGUAGUAGAAUAGAUUUUUUUCUAAAAAAAAAAUAAAAGUGAGACAACCAAAGGAGAAGACAUAAUAAAAACACAUUUUGCCUUAACAGAA